AUGCUUGCCCAUUAUGCCAAUCUUCCAACCGUGUCCUCGGUAAUAGCUUUCAACCGGCGCAACAAAUCAUCGGGCUUGGAUGCCCUCGGGCGCCAGCUCGCUGCUCUCAAGUCACGGGAUCUCACUCUUUCUCCUUCAGCCUCGGGAAAAAUUUCCGUUUUCGAAGUGGACAUG